AUGUAUUUACCAAGCUGCCCAUAUCCGUCAAAGUCUGACUUUGGCUCCAUCCCUUCACCGUUUUUGACGGAGAGCGGCGCAGCUCGGCUGGACCAUGGCUCCGCUCCGGGGAGAGUGUCGGAGGACCGGGGCUGCGGUCACCACGAGCCACGACAGCAGUUUCCUCCUCCGUGGAAAUGGACUGUGCACCAGGCGAACCGUGCCUUCACCUCCGCGCCGCCGUCCGAAGCUGUUUACCACGAGUACCAGGGCGUGCCGUCCUCAGCGGAGACGGUCUUCACCGCCGGUAAAGACCGCGUCCUGUACGGCGGAGCGCUUUACGGCGGCUCUGGUCCCCGUUGUCACGCACAGGAUUUUGCUGGAGACCCGCAGAGUUUCCCGGGUAGAUACACGGCGUUCAACCCGGACUCACAACUCCUCUUCCCGGCAGGUCAAAGCAGGGUCCUGCCGCCGGUUUUCGACCAGUUUUUCGACGGUGCCGAAGAGGGAGUGGACCCGAGAGCGCAGAUUAAACAUGAGAGCAAAGAGCAGAAAGAGACGAACCGGGCCGAAUGCACGAGCUGUCACACCGGGGAGAGCAAGGUGAGGGCGGGGUCAGAGUCCCCCCAUCCUGGGAAGGAAGACGAGGAGGAUGCACCCUUAUCCAGCGGCAGUGGAGGAGACUGCAGUCCUGCCCCGACAGAGCCCUGUGUGAGGAGGAAGAAGCGGUGUCCUUACUCCAAGCUGCAGAUCCGAGAGCUGGAGAGAGAGUUCCUAUUCAACAUCUACAUCAACAGGGACAGACGCUUGUGGCUGUCCCAUCGUCUGCACCUGACAGAUCGACAGGUGAAAAUCUGGUUCCAGAACAGAAGAAUGAAGGAGAAGAAGCUGAAGAGAGAGAGAACGCUGUACCACGCAGGAUAUCACCUGUUCUUCUGAUGAAUGACGGCAUACACAAAGUGUGUGACAACUCUGCAAACCACGUCACAGGUUAAGUGAGACAUCCAUGAAGGUAAAAGCGAACAGAUAAAAGGAUAAAUGCAGAUCCUUCCUGCCAUUAAAAGGAGAACUCGAACAUCCUGAGCGUUAAAACAAACACCUGCUCUGUUGAAUAUCCUGCAUCGCUCCUGAUGUUCACCUGGAAAACACCCAGAAUGCUCCUCUUGCCUUAAACCUGACUUCCCUGUGAGGUCACGUGGCUGAGUGUGAAGAAAUGAACGCUCUCGGCCUCGGACCUCCGUGUCCUAUAAAUACUGAGGAAUGCAAAUACAUUCAAAAAACUAAAUCUGGAGAAGCAUCAACACAGAAGCUCUUUAUACGCUCGGCCAUGGCGUCUCGUGUUUUGGACUCCACACGUCUGUUUGACUGAUUUCUCUUCCUGUGUGCUUUGAUGUUGACAAUCAUAUGUGUUUAAAUUCUAUAUUUAUCUGAAUUGAUGUCCCGAUUAUGAAUUAUAAAUCCUCUUGCUGUUCAUGUGCAUUUGUAUAUAAUUAAAGGUAUAUAACUAAUGGCAAUAGCCUAUACUUAUACCUCAUAAAAUCUAAUUUAACCAUCUAUUUAGCAUAUUAAUAUAAUCACAAGCGAAGACAAUCUAAAUUAAUUAAUUCUUCUU